AUGGACAGUGUAUCUGUUAAAUUUAUAAAAAAUGAAACAAUUGAAAAAUUGGUAACAACGGUAUUUGAAAAGCAAUAUGAUAUUAAUGGAAGUCAUUCGUUGGGUCAGGUUACUUUUGACCUAGAUAUAAAUAAAUCAAAUAUAACAAAAUUAGAGAUAACAGCGGAUUCAAAUGACAACGAUGAAUUCAAUACCACAAAACAAAAUAAAUGUGACAAUAUUGUUAAUACAAUUACUGAAGAACCUAUUUUUGAAACGAAUAGCUUAAAUUCAAUUUACCUUAAUAAUAUAUACUCUAGUGUUACGACAAAUUUGAUUGAAGAUAAUGUAUCUAUAGAGAACAUCGAUUCUAAUGGAGUAAGCUUAUUUGACAUAGUGCGAAAUGACUGUGGAGGUGCCAAGAUGUGUUCUGACUUCAGUGAAAAUUGGAAUAGCAAGAAUACCAUAACAAUUGGAUUUCUAAGCGCCUACGGAUACAGUCAGGUUAGUAUUCGAAACAUCCUUUGUUUAUAA